UUCGGACACCACCCCACUACUAAACAACUCUACCCAGGACAGGAUGUUUGACACCAUGUCUGUUGAGAUCGAACAGCUUCUAGCGAAGCUGACAGCAGUGAACGAUAAGAUGGCAGAGUACACCAACACCCCGGGAACAGCUUCUCUGAACUCUGCACUCAUGCACACUCUCCAGAGACACAGAGACAUCCUGCAGGAUUACACACAAGAAUUCCACAAAACCAAAGGCAACUUCUUGGCCAUCCGGGAAAGGGAAGACCUUUUAGGUUCUGUCAGAAAAGACAUAGAGUCAUACAAGAGCGGUUCUGGGGUCAACAACAGAAGAACGGAGCUGUUUCUAAAAGAGCACGAGCACCUGAGAAACUCAGACCGACUGAUGGACGACACAAUAAGCAUCGCCAUGGCAACCAAGGAGAACAUGACCUCCCAGCGGGGCAUGUUGAAAUCCAUACAGAGCAGGGUCAACACGCUGGCCAAUCGUUUUCCAACCAUCAACAACCUGAUCCAGCGAAUCAACCUGCGAAAGAGAAGGGACUCUCUCAUCCUGGGCACUGUGAUCGGGGUCUGCACCAUCCUCCUCCUCCUCUAUGCUUUCCAUUGAAAACCUGCUGAGAUGAAUCCUCUUAAAGACAGGCUUCACCUACUCUUCGUAGCCUUUGGACCCCCCCUCCCCUCCACUCUGGAGACCCAGCUCAGUGACUGGAGGACCCUGGAGGUUAUAGGGCAGAAAGACUUUUAGUUGGUUCAGUUUUGGGGACAGGAACACGAUCCUACUGAGCCUGUAUUUUACCAGAGAAGCAGAUUUAAGGGAUGGUGGACGGGUGUUCUGCUAYCUAGAAGAAAAUGAGGAUUAAAAGUACUAAUAGAACCAAAUUAUUAUUAUUUUUUAAAGGUUGUCGGAGGAGAAGCUCGGAAAGUGGAAGAAACUGAGACUGAUGCAUUUUAAUUCCUGAUGUUGAAGGAUUUAUUUUUUCUUGAAUUAACAGAGGAGGCUGAUAAUUCAUUGUGAACUGUAAAAAGUGAAUUAAUAAAUUAUUCAUACCAAUAUGUUUUAAGAAAAA